UUGCGCUGAGUGUUUGAGGUGUAUGAGGCGCGCGCACUGCCGGCGGCCGGCGGCGCGGCGGCUGCGGGCGAGGCGCGCGGGGUCUCAUCCUUGCCACUCGCCACUUGGCGCCCUCGCGCCGCUCAGUCAGCGCCUGAUCGCGGGGGGACCAGUGUCGCUCUGCCCGGCACUCGCGAGCCACGGGUUCGCUAACCUUCCCCAUACAUCGCAUCUUACGUGAUACAUCAACAGAUACAUUUUUUAAAACAAAAAUAAAAAACAAUCACCGCCUUGUUCAGUGAACUCUGCCGAGACCGGCUUCGAACCCGAUUUGUGAUUGUUUGAACUGACAGUGCGCGUGUUGUGCUUUUCCUAUCGAUAACAUAACCUGUAUGAAUUCAAGGGCAUUUCUAUCUCAGAUCAAUUGGUUUUUUGGAACCAGUGCUGCAAAGCCGUUCGAGCGAGUUUAAUCUUCGUGUGCCUAACUUAUAAAAUAUAAGUGGGCGUAUUCGAAAGUUUGAAAAUCGAUUGGGGUGACGUGCGUGCGUGGGAUUGAGUUUAUGUAAUCUUUGUUUACCUUGGGAAUAUGCACUGGGCUGACUAGGCUAGGUGUCCACCUAUUCCUUGUGCCGUGUGUGCCCGCUGCGGACUUUCGUCGUUCGGCGUAAAAUAACGGGUUUUUAACUCUACUCGAUAAAUCCGACUAAGAUGUUUAAUUGGGAAUUAUAAAAGCCGCUACUUCCAGGUAUCUGGAAUGGUCCAAAACAGGAAACUGCAUUACCGUCCACCCGAUCGAAUGUCCAGGGCGCGGGCGUGAGAUGGCACGCGCGGGCAUGCUGCACAGGGGAGGAAAAAAUGGAGCAGAAGGGUGCGAUGACGUGCAGCGAUCGCUGGAGCUGCUGGACCAGGUGCUGAGCGAGUACGACGAAGGCGAGCCGCGGUCGCUGGAGGCGCGCGCCUCCAGCACGGCGGCGCCUGCCACGCCGGCGACGCCUGCGACACCCGCCACCGACGACGACUCGCCGCUCGCGGGACACACCUCGGAGGACGAUGGAUACAUGAGCAUGAACGGGAGAAGAGCGAAAUUUGCCCUCGGGUUCCGUCCGACAGAGGAGCGCGAGGAGCCGUCACCGCCCGACCCGCCGUCGCCGCGCUCGCCGCCGCCGCCCGAGGAGGCGCAGCGGAUCAUCUCGACCCUCCUGCCCAAGGUAUCACCGGCAAACUCAGCAAAACGAACGCCGUCAAUUGAACAGCGCGGGGAGACCUUCGACUCCAUCAUCAGUGUCAACGGGAUCACUACCGCCACGCAGACAACCUUUCCAAAAACAAGACAUCAGCGACCAUACGGCUGGGAGAAAGACAACGAAAGCAACGGCUUCCACCUGCAGCUGGCGCCGGUGCCGCCGUACCGGUUCGCGUCGCUGCAGCACGGCGCGCGGCCGGCGGCGGACGCGGCCGACGCGGCCUGGCUGCCGCCGCGGCCGGCGCGAGCCUCGCCCGGCCUCGACAGCCCCCCGGUCUUCCCCUUCAUGGGCUUCUCCGCCGAGUUCAGCGACAAACCCUACAAUGAGCACCCCGUCACCAUCUACCCCGGCCCCAACAUACAGUACACCCGCCAGUCCCACUCCCCCAGCAAUGUUCAGAAAAUAUCGCCCUCGAAUACCAAAAAUUUAGAAAGAAACAAACGCGACACCAGAUCCGACGGGGAGGUGUUGUCGCCGAAGAGCAGAGUGCCUCCGCGGACUCUCGCCGGUUCUAUGGAGAGACAUAGAGAAGUGUGUAGAGGAUCCUCGGAGGAGAUAAUGGAGAUCUGUAAGAUGAGAGGUUCGAACCGCAGCAACGAUGAGGAGCACUUUUCGGAUGACUCGCUGGAGGAGUCGUUCCCGCCCCCGCCGCCCGCCGCCACCACGCCUUCGAAACGCAAUUCCAUAGCUUGGGAAGUGUCUCUCGAUGGUGAUGAUCCUCUACUCACUCCGGGGAGCACAAAGGUAAUAGGAAGACGAAGAAGAAAAUCUGGUGAUCAGUCACACUCGAGCACAAGUUCGAUACCACAGCGAGUGGACGACGAGUGGGGCGAGGAGUACUGGCCGCCGCCGCCGCCGUGCGAGCCGCGCGUCGAGCCCACCGAGCUCGCCUCCGCCUUCGCCUCCACCUCCGCCUCCGCCUCCGCCUCCGCCUCGCCCGCCUCCGACGCCGACACCGAUAGUCGCCGCGCUCAGGACCUCGCCUCCGGCACAUAUAUCAUCCGGAAGGGCAAAAAUCGAAAGCAGCUCCCGAGCUUUAACAAAAAUACGAACGGCAAACCCGCCAAUCCGAGCAGCUUACUUAAAAAUCAUAGUCUCAAUAGAAGUCUAGAUACCGACAAGUCCAUGGACGGCUCGAGCAUAUCCAUUAGCGGGUCGGGAUCCGUCGGAUCGUAUAACUCUAGACCCAGCUCGGAUUUGAGCCUCCCGCAAUCUCGAUAUAGCGUCGACUUGAAUUCGAGGUUGAGUCGUGAACUGAACACUCCCAAUUCGAGAUACAGCAUAGACCUCUGCUACCCGAAUUCGAGGCUGAGCAAAGAGAUGACUUCCCCGAAAUCGAGGCUCAGCUUAGAUCUCAACAACGGGCCGGACAGGUACAACAACCAGGAAUAUUACGGCCACAGUCCCAAAAGUAGAAAAGUGCCGAGCGAGAGAAAUAUGCACUCGUCGAAGGGCAACGUAGUCCAAAACAAACUAUCGCCGCAGAACAGGUUCACCGAUUUCAAAAAGUAUUCUUCGACGUUCGAUAACAUUCAGUCACUAAUUAAGGAAGGCAAAGUGGAAGAAACCCCGUCGACGGAAUGUAACGAGACAGUGAACGAGCUGUCGACGGUACCUCCUAACAUGGUACGAGUCGUUUCGUUGCCGACUCUAGGCGACGGCGAAGUGAGCGCGAGCCGCCAGGCUCUGAUCACCACUGUAGAAGAGGAGGAAGAACGCGACCAGGAGAGCGGCGAACACGGCUCCAGCGGCGACACCUCGCCCCUCAGAAAGAUCGAAAACAACAUUAGCGCUAUACUAAGUCAAGGACGGGACCAAAAACAUUUUACACCCUAUAUACCUAAAGACUGGAAUAUCCAUAAGGAUGAAUACUGUGAUGAAGUAUCUAAAGAUAUAUUAGAAAACAAUUUCCGUUAUAGUUCUAGAGAGAGACAGAAGCGACACGACAUACAGAAAUCUUCGAGUCACAACGAGAUUCAGAGUCAGCGGUCGAUAGACCGGCGCGACCGGUCGUCGGGGCGGAGGUCGAACAGCAUGCACAAGUCCACGAGCGCCAAGGACGUGCCGUCGGAGUCGGCGGUGUCCGGCGGCGGCGACUUCCCGCUCAACGUGCAGAUCGUGGAGCACUCGUACCGGCACUACCCGCCGCCGCCGUCGCCGGCGCCGGCGCACGAGCUGGGCCCGCUGCCGCAGACGCCGGACUCGCCCAACUUCCCGCCGCUGCCGCCGUCGCCGGUGCAGGAGGUGGACGACGAGUACACGGAGAUCAUGCAGCCGUCUGACAAGCGCCACGUCAACAAGGCCGAUACCCUGCCCACACCUACAAUGGAGUCCAGAAGAAGGCCGUCGGAGCCGCCCGCUGUCCCGCCGCACCGCGACACCACCAACAGCUUGAAGACGCGCUCCAUGGAGGCCGGCUACAACAAGAACCGGCGCAGCAGCAACUUCAAGAGCGGCUCCACGGACAGGAGGACGCUGCCGACAGACAUGGGAGCAAGCGGCGCGCGGCGACGCACCCUGCAGCGUCAACAUCGCGACGCGCGCGGCCCGCUGCAGACCUCCGCCAGCCUGCCCGAGACGCCCGUGUUCGCGCGCGGCUGCGACGUGCCGCGCACCCCGCCCAGGAACUCCACCGGCCCACCGAGGAACAAUACUAUGGCCUCCAUUCAGUCUAUAGGGAGCAGUGCAACUCUGGGCGGUUACGGACGCGGCUCUAUCGUAGGCCCCGCGGGCGUCAGCACGGGCGCUGACUUGCUGCGCCUCGGCGGGCCCCCGCGCGGCUGGUACCCGCGGCAGCGGCACCGGCCGGCUUCCAUCGAGCACCUGGACCGACUAACCGCGUCGUCGAAGGCCGAGCACGCGCCCUGGGACGGCUCCGGCGCCCGCAAGCCGCUCACGCUGCCCCCCAACCUGACGCCCAAGUUCUUCCACAAGUCCCCCAGAGAGGCACUGCGUAGAGUCACCAGCUUAUUAAUACGAAAAGGGAACAAUGGAAAGGAGAAGGAAAACGCCCGAAGCAAGGAGGCCACGUCACCGGCGGCCCGCUCCGCUAAUGGUGAUGACCAUCCAGGUCAGAAACAACGCAAAGGAUUCUUCAGAAGCUUUUGGAAGAAAUCUCGUCACUAUUCUUUAGAGCAUCCGUGAAGCAAUCAACCCACGACGACAAUUUAAUAAACAAUGCACGUGGGCAAUCUGUUAGUUUCAUUUAUACAGAAACGAAAUGAGAAAACUGUUAUUAUGAUAAUGUUAACAUUAAAUAAAUAAUACCUACUUACUAAAUCCCUGCACAAGCUAUACACAUGUUCAAUCAAUUCGAUAAGUGAAGUAUUUGCUAAGCUUAGUUUGUAAUAGAAACAAAUAGAUGACCAUUUUCAGUGUAUGCCUACUGAAGUGUUGAUUGUGACGUUUAUAAUGCCUCCUCUACACUAUCGGCGAUGAUGGUUGAUAGUAUCAUCGUCUCUCAUUGGCGAGAUCAUCGUGCAAGCAUCCACAUGAUCGCCUGUACAACGUAACCACCCGGCGAUUAUAGACGAUGACUGGCGGGGUCUGCCGAGUAUGCCUUCUACACUAUCGUGCACGCCAGUCAUCGUCCAUCAUAGCCGGUAGUGUAGAGGAGCCAUAACAAUUAUAGACCAAGCCACAUGUAUAGCGCUCGUUAUUAAUCAAUUAAUACAUAUUGUAAAAUAACUCUUAAUUUAUUUUUAAGUUAAUAGAAUAUGUAUUGUAUCCUUAUUUUUACAACCAGCAUUUGGUAUAUAGGAUUGUAGAAAUGUAGAUAUCACAUAGAAUGAUUAAGUACAUACAUAACAAACCAGAUUUUCAUUACAGUAAAAAUAAACUAUUAGAACUUGUCGAUAAAAAGGAAUCGUGAAAAUUGUUAUUGAUAAUUUUAAUUUGGCUAUUUUGUAGGUUUAGAACUUAUGAAUGAUUCUCGUGCGUGUAAAGAACCAAGAUCAGUUAAUAAGCUAUUGAUACAAGUUUACAUUUUAUACCAAUCCUUGUAUUCAUGUACUUAAUUCUUAAUAUUGUAGAUUUUGUCAAAAGAAAAAUAAAUUAUGUUCAUUAGCAUUUCA